AUGUUAAGGCAAACUGCAAAAACGACUCUUUUAGGGCUUUCUUCACGAAAUUCUACACCGUUCCUUGUGGCUUCUUCUUGAUUGUACCAUUCGAAUGUGAUCGACCAUUAUGAGAAUCCUCGAAACGUUGGAUCUUUUGAUAUCAAUGAUCCUAAUUUUGGCACGGGAUUGGUCGGAGCUCCUCAAUGUAGAGAUGUAAUGAAGCUUCAGGUUAAGUUCGAUGGUUCCGGUCAAAUCGUUGAUGCCAGAUUCAAGACCUUUGGUUGUGGCUCCGUUAUUGCCGCUUCCUCCGUUGCUACUGAAUGGAUCAAGGGUAAAUCCAUGGAGGAAGUCUUAACCAUAAAGAACUCGCAAAUCGCAAAGCAUCUAUCGUUGCCACCAGUAAAGUUACAAUGCAGUAUGCUUGCAGAAGACGCCAUCAAGGCAGCGGUUAAAAACUUCAAGGAGAAGCAAGCCGACGCUAAUGGAGAAACCAUCGAGGCCUAG